UCGAAGGAAUAUCCAUAUUUAAUCAUAUAAAAUACACUGUUUUGGUAUUUUAAGUUUGAAUAUAACAAUAAAAUAUUAACGUAAUAAUACAAAACCAUUUCUUUAUUCCCACGAUUCUCCGAAGCUAAUGGGUUUUUAAUAUCUCAUAGAAAAUUAAGACGGCAAAUUAUAAACAAACUGCAAUGUCAUACAUGUACAGGAUAUAAUAUCAUCUCAUGAACUUGAAAAGUAAUCUUGUUUUGAUGAGACCAAAACUUAUAAACGUAACUGCAACCAAUUGAACGUAUGUUAAGGCUAUCGUGUUGUCUAAACUUGCCAGCAAUGUCUCGUUGUAUGUAUUUCCGUUUGUCAGUACGUAUAUAACAACGACACAAACCAGUUGUAGUGUCUACCUGAACGAGUCGUGACAGCUUCAAAAACCUGUCCUGCAAAUAUCAACGUAAUAUAUUACGCAUAUUAAUAAGGCUUAACGUCAGAUUAAAGCUCAUUGUUGUUGUACACUAGAAGUAAAAUUAAAAAGGUGCGUGGGAUAAGCAAAUAUGCAUUUCCGCGUCUCAUCAUUUUCAUCUGUGGUUAAUUUAAUAGUUUUGGUUCUACAUCUGUCAUGUUUCAUAAAAAAUAUUUCGGCAUCGGAAUUUUCACUUUCUUCUGCAGAUCAAGACAGUAAAGCUGAAUUAGUAUCAGCAAUAACUCUUUCGGAUGAUAACAUAUUCACCACGGUACCAUCGAUACUUGGCCAAGAAGUGAAUGAAACCAGUUCAAUACUAAACCUCGAAGAAGAGCCGAUUAUUGAAAAACUCUUUACAGCAGAUGAUUCAAUAAAGGUGGAUGGUGAACUAAGCAUCGAAAACUUACCUUCUCAGACAGAUAAUCCAUUAGACCCAAUCAAUUUCUACGUACAAUCCCAAACAGAAGUUUCAUAUGAUGUAAAUGAUUCCACGAACACUGAAAAACCAGAUUUGGAGGUUUCAUACGUCGUAAAAAAUGAGUCAGUCACAAAAACUACGCAGCCAGCUGAGUUUUUAACCAUAGGUAACAAAGUUGCUGAAAACCCAUGGAUACAGAGGAUAAAAAUUUCCAAAUCUAGGAGCCUUGAACUUUCCCGACAGAAAGAUACCAUCAAAAUGUUUUCUGGAAGACCACUUUUGUUGGGUCAGAUUAUCUCAAACGUCUUAUAUGGUGCUCCUUGGUUGGCUCCACAARCAAAUUUAAAAUGUGCCAAUGACAUGAGACUAUACAACAUACACAUGCAGAACUUGACAAUGUGGGCAUUUCGAAUGUUAGACGCCACAUCAAAAGGUCCUGAAGGACUUGUAGACGCAAACACAUUUAGUUUCGGUAAUUUCGAUCAAUGCAUUGAAACAAAAUCUAAAAAUCUCGAUAUAUCUGGUGGAUACUCAUUARUAGAUAUUAAUUUUCAACCAAGUAUUCAAGUAUACCCUGGAUUCUAUAAUAACGACCACUUGAAAGAUUACGAACCAUUUGACCAAGAUGCAUCGACAUGGGAAGCACUGAAGCACAACGUGCAAGAGGCUUAUGUACAAAGGCACAAGUUUCAAUGGGGCGUGUGUUUACCAGAUACUUGUCAAUCAGAAGACGUCCAAAAGAUCGUGAAUAACGUAUUAAUACCAGAAAUGAACCGUCAUGGAUUGGAAGGUAAUGUGACCAUUGACCCAUUGUUGCACACUUCCAAAGAAAAUUUGUAUAAAUUUACUGCGGGUUUCUUCUUUGUCUGUGCACUGUACGUGAUGAUCGGACUGCUUGUCGUCGUAGGAACCUUAUAUGAUUUUAUUUUUUUACAUUACCGACCAAAAUCUGAACAUGGACCAAUGAAAAAAAUCAUGAAACCAUUUUCACUUAUCUCAAACUUGGAAAGACUUAUGAAACCGUCGGAGACCGAAGAAUUUUCAAUUAUAAACGGAUUUAAAGUAUGUGCAAUUCUACAGGUCAUAAUUGGUCAUAGGUGGUUUAUUGAGCUUGGAAACCCACAAUCAAAUCCCAAUUUCACUCAUUGGAUGGUUCACAAUUUCUGGUUGGGCUAUUUUAAAUGCACCAUAUUUUUGGAAACAUUCUUUGUAAUUAGUGGAUUUCUCACUUUCUAUCUAAUAACUAAACAACUUACAGAAAAAAAACAUUUGAACUUUAUACCCAUAAUGAUUUAUAGAUGGUUGAGAAUAUUUCCAGUGUACGGAACACUAAUAAUCACAUAUAUUUUCAUACUUCCAUAUUUAAAUAGUGGUCCUUAUUGGAGGAUGAUUGUGUACAAGGAAUCAGAAAGGUGUCAAAACAACUGGUGGACAAACGUACUUUUUAUCAACAAUUACGUUCACACUGAUGAAUUGUGUAUCAUACCCGCAUGGUAUUUAGCUUGCGAUAUGCACUUCUUCAUAGUUGGCACAUUACUCACUUAUGCAAUUUGGAAGUGGAGGAAACAAGGGCUGAUGAUACUUGGAGCGUGUUUGACUUUGUCAACAGUAAUUCCUGCCUAUAUAAUAAUAAAUGAAAAUCACCGGGGAACGGCUGAUAUUACUCCACAAAAUCUUAAAGAUCUCAGUAAAGAAAGAUUCUACACUGAAGUUUAUAUUAAAAGCCAUAUGAGGUCAAUGACUUACUUUAUUGGAAUCUUGGCAGGAUACAUGUACACGAGGUUAAAGGAAGCCGAUUACAAGUUGUCAUUGAAAAGUCGUAUUUUUUGGGCUCCAGUUGUUCUUAUGAUUGGCAAUAUUAUAUACUUGAGUUCUGGAACAUUCUUUACAUUAGGACACCGAUAUGUAAAUUACGAGCACGCAAUAUACUUUACACUCGGACGACUUGUGUGGUCUAUUCUUAUCUCSUAUGGGAUUAUUGGUCACGGACUCUCCGGAUUUGGGGUUUGCAUCAGCGGCUUUUUAGGUCAUCGAGUUUUCCAUGUUCUAGGAAAAUUAGUUUUUUGCAUUUACAUGUACCAAGAAAUCAUUCAACUCCAAACGAUUGGAGCCAUCCAGACACCUACAUACCAAAGCUUAACAUUAAUGUUGUUAGAGGUCCUGAAAAGGACCGUUUUAUGUCGUACUCCGUUACAUGUCAUCAUACCCAAAACUAAAAUGGCUUCGAAAUAA